AUGAAGGGGAAGAAUGCAAGCUUGCCAUCGGGGGUGAGAGCAGAGAGGUGUUGGUGCGGCCGCCUUGCGAAGGUGAAGGAGGUGGUUGAUUUUUCUGAUAAGUUCGGCAUGAAAUAUUUCAUGUGCGCGAGCUAUGAUCGUGAUCCACCCAGGCAAACAAGUUCAUCGUCCUCGAGGCCUGCGUCUCCCCCGCCCCUUUGCAUGUGGUUUCACUGGAUAGACCAGGAGCAGCCGGAGUGGGCACGCCGCGAGGUGGAGGAGAAACAGCGGCGUGCAUGGGCAAGGUUCCAUGAGGAGGAGCGUUUCGAAAAGGCUAUUGCAAAUGAUAAAGUAGAAAGAGAGAGACAGAUACAAAAAUUAAGGGCAGAGCAAGCUCGAAAUCGCGAGGUAAAUCAGAAGCGGAUGGAUGAUGAGGCUGCACGUAGGUAUGCAGAGGAAGAGGUGCGCAGGGAGGCCCGUGAAGCGGAAAGAAAGAGAUUAAGAGAAAGGGCUGCUGAGGCGCAGGCAGCAGAAGAACGCGGCGACAAGACUGGAAAAUGGCCACGCUGGACGCAGGGCAAAUAGAGUGAUCUGUUAUAGUAACUACGUAUUUU